AUGGACGAUUACACUAGAGAGAUGAUGGACCUGAAGACCCUGGUCACUCGUACCCUAGAAAAGAAGGGCGUCCUCGCCAAGAUCCGGGCCGAACUUAGAGCAAGUGUAUUUGAGGCAAUUGAAGAAGAGGAUAAGGCAAUUGAGACGGAAGAAGGUUUGCCUCCUGCACUUUUGGGUAGCUGCAAUGAUCGUGCGAAACAACUGCAUGCUUCUCCUUCAGGUUAUGGCUCUUUGGAUCCAAUUCAAGUGCAUAUAGUCCCAAAAAUAGCCAUUUCAAUCUUAACUCAACCAUUUUAUUUCCUUGCUUCGAACCUGAGGUCUACCAGCCCUUAUAUUAGAGCUCAUCCUCCUCAAAAGGAUUUUUGGAGAUCUGAGUUGAAAGAAUUUAGUAGCAAGAAUGGAUAUGAUCUUAACAGGAAUGGAGACAGUGCUCCUUUGCUUUUGGAUGUCCUUGAAGGCUUCUUGAAAUAUGAGAAUUUAUCUCAAGCAAGAGGUAUUGGAAGGAGAGUGAAUCCUGAAACUGAAUCCUCUUCCAAUUUAGAAACUCGGAAUGUUAGGAGACCUUCCUCAUCAUCUAUCGCCGGGGGCUUACCUCCACUAGGAAGGCUGGUUCCAUCUUCCCAGGCAUCUGAUCGGAGAGCAGGGUCCUCCAUCUCAGGCUACAGGAAAGAUGAAUAUAAUUGGAGAUAUGAUGGUGAUGAGCUUCCAGAUGAUGUAAUCCGUGCUUCCACGGCCUUGGAAAACCUUCAGUUGGACAGAAAAGCUCGAAAUCUAACUACUUCUUGGCGGCAUGCAGGGGAUGGAAUCUCUGAGGACAAUGGGAGGGUAGACCAGAUGUAG